AGGUAUCCCCUCGCUCAUUUUUCCUGCGAUGCAAUUCCGAGGAAGAUAUUUUCACUGAAGAAUCCUGCUGCAAUGAUUGCUUAAGUGAAUCCCAGUCCCUAAUAUAUUUCUGACUGGGCACAACUAAUUUUUCAGCGGAAGAAAAUCGUAAGCAUGAAUUCAAAGCUGAAUUGUUGGUGAGCAGAUUAAAAUUUUACGGGAGUACCCUAGUUUUUUUCGCAAGAAAAAAGCUUACUUAUUAGAGUGACCCUUGUCCAAAAAGAUACCGUUUCUACCGUGCACCACAAACAGCCCAUACCCAUAUUAAAAGCUGUUACAAGCUAGAAACACCCAGCACACAGUAACAUUAAAUUAUAAUAAAAACCCUUUCAUUUUAAAAGAAAGAUACUCAUAUGUAAGGAUAAACAAAUUGGAUCUAAAAAUGCCAAUAGGAAGUAUUAUAAAAAAAGCAUCAAGCUUUAUACUGGGUGAAGAAAUAAUUAAUAAAAAAAUCGAUAUUUCUUACGAAGACAACGAAAUUCUGUUCUGCAAGAACAAUGUAUGCAUUCAUCCACCUACAAUCGCUCGUCAUGAAUUUGAUAUAUUGCACAACCCAGGAUAUUUAACAUGCACUACAAAAACAUUUGUGGAUCAGUACAACUGUGCAAAAAGACCUACGCUACUUCUCACGUGGAUCCCAAACUCUUCCCUAUGUAAAUAUACGACAUCGUCGAAGGAAGAUUCCAGUGAUAGUUGUAGUCCUAUGAAAAAGAGGACAGAUUUAAGCAAUAAGCACUGUUUCUUAUCGGUGUCUCAGACGACUAAUGAAAGCGACAUCCGAGAAGAAGAUGAUGACGCGUCGGAAAUGCAAGAAUUAAAAAGUGAACUACAGCCUUUGCUCGGCGGACAAACUGCUUCAAUAGAUGACUUAACAGCGCUGCUAAAAAACAAUCCAAUAACUUCAGUUAAUAUAACUAUUUCGAAUCCGCAGAUCGAAAACACUAAUAUUUCACAAUCCUUCAACUGUAUAACGAUUAGGACAGACGCCGAUAACAGCAGUGACUGCUUCAGCGGAAACAGGGACCAUUUAAACUCUGUUGGCCCGGCAUCGGAGGACAGCAACCCAAAAUGGAUGACCCCAGAACUACUUGCCUUUAAGCACAAUUUGGAGUUCCCAGAAAGUGAAAACUCGAUGCCAGCCGUUCGCCGAACCGCCUCACUAAAGUGUCGACACUUUUCCGUAGACUUAAGUCAAAUGCGAUCACUCCGUCUCUUUUUCAAUGACACCAACUGCACAUCGGGUCAGCUGGUGAUUGCAUCCCGAGAAUCUCAGUACAAGAUACUCCAUUUCCAUUAUGGUGGAUUGGAUCACUUGGCCCAGGUACUUCACCAGUGGCAUUGUUUUUUGCACAACAUCACCUUGGCCACUUGUCCAGAAAAAUUCGAUCUGCCAUACAGGCAUUUUAUGGUCUGUCGUCCUGAAGUCAAGAAAUCGGAAAUGCAUCCCGAUGAGGGCGACGUAAAGAAAAUAACUACAAACUUUUUCUACGGAACAUUGUUAAACGAAAAGGGACAGAUCGAAGACGAUUUGCUUCUACGCAAAUGUGUAUUUUUUGGUGGUCUUGAAAAGAGUUUACGAAAAACGGUUUGGCCAUUUUUAUUAAAGUGUUAUUCCUUUUCGUCAACAUUUGAAGAUCGAGCAGUCCUGAUGGACAUUAAGCGACAGGAGUAUGAUGAAAUCACACGAAAGCGUCUAUAUUCAAUGUCUCCAGAGCAACAAGUACACUUUUGGAAAACCGUACAGUGUGUGGUUGAAAAGGAUGUUGUACGUACAGAUCGAACCAAUCCUUUUUUCUGUGGUGACGAUAACCCCAACACCGAAGUUAUGAAAAACAUUCUGCUCAAUUUCGCUAUUUAUAAUUCUGGAUUGUCCUAUUCUCAGGGUAUGAGUGAUUUACUGGCGCCUGUACUAUGCGAGGUGCAAAAUGAGUCUGAAACAUUUUGGUGUUUCGUUGGAUUAAUGCAACGAGCAUUUUUUGUCUGCACUCCCACAGACAGUGACGUCGACCAUAAUCUUAGUUAUCUGCGAGAACUUAUAAGGCUUAUGCUGCCACGUUUCUAUGAACAUUUGGAACACCAGAACGAUUCUAUGGAGCUCCUAUUUUGUCACCGAUGGCUCUUGCUUUGUUUCAAGCGAGAGUUCACCGAAGCUGUCGUAAUACGCAUGUGGGAAGCCUGUUGGUCGAACUAUUUGACUGACUACUUUCAUCUAUUUCUUUGUUUGGCCAUCAUAGCUGUGUAUGCCGAUGACGUGAUAGCUCAAGGAUUACGCGCGGACGAAAUGCUACUGCACUUCAGUUCGCUGGCCAUGUAUAUGGAUGGACAACUGAUUCUUCGGAAGGCUCGUGGACUACUAUACCAAUACCGUCAAAUACCAAAAGUUCCUUGUACGUUAAGUGGCCUAUGUAAGCGAUGUGGACCUGGUAUGUGGGACUCUGAGCACCGACCUGCACUUGAGUGUGUCGGGCAUAGUGAUGACGAAAAAUGUUCUCUUUCGAUUGACUACUGAUUGUCGAUUCCAUCAAUUUAAAAACUUUAUAUUCAUGUCGAUGCCGUAUUACAUUACAGUUCUACAUUACUGUCAACUCUUUUAAAUAGACAUCGAUACAUUUGUGUUUCGCAGGCACAGCUAUUCAGAUUAACCAAGUUAUUAUUUCUGAGAAAUUUUAUAUUUAUCUCAUGCCGCGCUGCCACCAGAACGUCUAAAACUGUAAAGCUUACAUACAUAUAUUUCUGCCCCUUACAAUUGUAUGCUUUUUCCCCUUACUGUUUUUAUUUUUAACUGGCUUAAAUGCAUUUAGUUGUAAUCCUAAUUUUUUAAGCUUUGACCAAAAAUCAUUUUUCCUUUCAAAUUUCAAGCCGCUAAUAAUUUAUGUAUGACUGUAAAGCAAAUGAAGAUGCAUUCCCGACACGAAAAAUGUAUUUAUUUGCAUACUAUAUUAACAUUAAACCUGAAAUAUAAGCGAUAGACCAAAAAUAAAGUCGUAA